CUUUCCCAAAACUCAAUAUAUUUUUACAAACAAUGUACGAGGCAACGCGCAGAAAGCUAAUAAAGAAGAAGGGGCGCGCUACUACUAUAAAAAAGACGUCGCGUUGUGAGUUAACUGCAAUUGAGCGCGCGUUUAUUGCGGGCGCGUGCAUCGCAGGCAGUCUAUCACACAACGAUUGCGCCAACCUCUUCCCCCCCGGCGUCGCCAGCAAGUCCACGAUUACUAGAACUGUACAGCGAGUUAACAAGCGGACAACUGAACUAAACACUACAAUUAUCGACCCUUGCUGCUACGAAUUCGCGUCUACUAGAGGCGCGCCGCGACUGCUUGACGAUGAGCAACGCGCUCGCGUUGUGGAGCUCACUAUUGCGUCGCAGGAGAGCCGGGAGAAGGAGAGCUGGCAGGCCAUCAAGGAUGGAGACUUUGUGAACGCUGGCCUGCCAAAUUUCAGUGUAUCGCUU